AGGACCUCAAGAUCUGCCAGAUGUAUGACGAGAUCUGAAACAUUGAUUUCCUAUGAAAUCAAAUGGGUGUCGAAUGAAAAUUUCCUUUUGGCUCUGCAAUUGUAAAGUAUGUGCUUAGUGUCGCUCCUUAUGAGUCCCGCACUGUAUGAAAAUUCCAAAUCCUUUUCAUCGAUCUUAGGUAUGACUGUGAGACAAAUGACAAACAGAAACCGCAGACUCACCUGGGAACGACUGAAGGCGAGAAAAAUGUCGCCUACGAUGAUCCAUCUGUUUUGCUAAAGAGCCUUUGCAGAAUUUCAAAUAGGUAUAUUUCAUUUGACUUUUGUUACAGCGAUCUACAAAGUUUUUUUGUACUCGUGGCCUGUCUGAGCAGCGAUUUAUUUAUCAUCUGCUCAGAUUCAGUGUCCACGCUUUUUACGUGUACGCUUUGUAAUCAAUUUCGAAGCAUAGGGAAGAUAUCCGACUUUUUUUGCGGCAGAAACUUUGUGGUUUCGUUACUUUCUGUUUUUUUUUAGAAAUAGCAAGCCAAAACCUAAGCUAUUAUUAGGUGCAUUGUAUUUUUUUUUUUUCGUAUUUUCAUUUUCUAGAUCUAGAUGUAUGAUUUUUUGUCGUAGAGGUACUUCUUCUACUUGGUUCACUUGUGGAGCAUAUGCUCACUUAUCCGCUUCUGUGUAAAUUUUCGCCUGGUUUCUCUCUUCGAACAUUGUCGAUAGAAAGGAGCGAUAGGGACGAGAUGUCGGCCAAGAUUUGUAAGAUGUACUAAUUUUUUGAUGGUCGAGAUUGUCCCAGUUCUUUUCGCCGGCAAAAAUCAAUCUUUGCGGACGUUUUUUGGCCGCUUGCGCUACCUCCAGACCAGCAAUUGGAAAGCGAAAGACAACAACCCAGCAGACCACUAUCGGCGCCGCCAUGGCGGACCCCGACCGCCAGCAACUCGCGUUCUGUGCAUAACGUAAUCGGUUUGGCUUCCAAACGGAUUAUCCGUUUCGGGACCGUCUAGGGUAGUAGACCACUGUUGCCGGGACAGCGGGGGAGGCUCGCACGAACGCAACCACUAUGAGUUACGACCGAGGCUUCUACCUGCUGGGCGAGAAAUGGUGGUGGCGCAACCCAUGGACGGUGGGCCUGCAGUCCUUCCUCGGGGAGCAGCCGUGGCCAGCCACCCAGCUAAGCCUCUCCGACUUGCUGUGGUACGAGCUCUAUUGGCUGGGCGUCACCUUCGCGCUUUUUGCGGUGCUCCUGCUCCUCAUUCACUGGGCACUGUAUGGCCACGGUAUCACAGCCCGACCACUAGACGAGCAAAGUGCCGAACACAGCGGGCGCGAGACGUUUCUUUCGGACAACGAGCAGCAGAUCCUACCAGCGUACCCAGUGGUGGAGCAGCAGAGUCCGCGCCCCAGUGGUGGAGAGGUAAAAAAGAACCGAAAAACCUCCGAUGAAAGCGAAGACGGCGACGUACAAACGCCGACCAGUUCGGAAGACGGCGAGGACGGUAAGAACACUACAAAGACCACUUCUAGAAAUAAUGCACGAGGUGGCCCCGCCCGGACCAGCUCCUGUUUGCGGACGCUAGGGCAGUGUGUGUUUUUGCGCCCGAGUAUCAAAUGUAAAAAUGUCUGGGUCUGGAAGCGUGUAAACUUGUGAUGCAGAUUUUCCAUGACCAAUGAGGUCUGGAAUGCGGGACUUAGCAUGACAGACUCUGCGAGGUCUCCGCCAUGCCUAUCCUGCAUGAGAAACUCUCUCCUAACUUGGUCGAAAGUGGACAGCUUUUGGCACUCAUGCAAUACAGAUUUUUGUAUGCUUUAGAUUUACCAUGACAAGUUACCACCUUCCAGACCCAGACAUAUUUGCAAUCCAUACCGAGUGUGCACGAGCGAAACUGGGCCACCGGCACGCUCCUCGUCGUCACGGUCGGGUUGCUGUUCGCGAAUCUGUGUGUGUAUUUCAUGCUGUCGGAACAGAGCGCCCUCUCCCGGGAGACGUUCUUAGACAUGAUGCACAAACUGGAAGAUCUGGGCCGCGCCACCUGGCCGCGGGUGAGCAAAGACGACUCCCCGGCGACCUGGUUUGACCUCGCCGAACAGAAACUGACGGACAUGGGCGAUGUCGAUGUGGCCAAAGUGAAUGUGGCCAGUCGCUACGUGGCGGCUCAACUGCGGUCCCUGCCGCCACAGAAGGUGGACGUGAGUGCCAUUCCCAUUUUCCAGCCCAACGACGGCGAGACGGAGCCGCUCACGCUGGUGCGGGACUUUGCGUGGGUGUCUUCGCAAACGGUGCGCGGGGUGUUCGUUCGGCAAAACGACGGCACCGAGGGUUUGGUUUCGCACUCCUCAAUUCUGCAGCAAAUGCUCAAGGAGUGGAUUCAGCGCCGGAUGGACGGUGCCCGCGUACUCGAGAUGUAUCUGAGCAGCAACUGGUGCGACUCCGACUGGGCACCGCGCCGGCAGGGGCCUUGCGGAGGCGGGUUACCGCCGCCGCCGCCCGCACAAGAAACGGCGGCUCCGAAGACGGCACCACGAGCACCGGAAGCCCAGCCGAAAAUUCCGACCAUCGACGAGAUUCGAGCGAAGCGUACCGGCGUGGUGGGGGUAGAGCUCCCCGACGAGCGGGGCCCCCGCGAGAAUCUGCACUACCACCAGAGUACCCCACAGGAAAAAGCAGGCCGGGCAUGCUUGUUUAUGCAAAAGUAUCUACAUGAUCACAGAGAAAUCCGCAAUAGGCGACACUAUUUGAGCAUGCUGUUUGCGAUAUGCGAUGCAGAUUUUUCGACGUAUUUGUUUUUGUAUGCUACUAAAGAAUCCGUCCUGCCUGCUUUUUUCUGUCGUAUACAGACCACGUCGAAGACGAUUUCAGGUGCGUCAAACCAGUGGCUGGACGAGUCGGCCUGGGUCACGGCGGCCGGGAAAGGACAGACCGACGUGGUGACCGCCGACGACCCGCAGCUUCCGGCCCGGCUGCGACAACAGUGGCUCGGGUACUUCGUCGCGGUGCAGAACGGGAACUUUAUGUCCAACAACCCGUUGCAAAACGCCCCCGCGACGGCAAUACGGGUGGACUUGUUUUCGUACCGCGGCAUGAGCCCCGAGAACCUGUACGAGCUCUGCCUGGAUGCCUUCGAGGAUGCGGUGCGAGCCGCGCUCAUCAGCAUCCGUGCUGUGCCCGGGUCCCAACCCUGGAGCUUGACGGACUCGGACUUCCUGGACAAGGUGCACGACAGCAACGCCUGGACAUUUGUGUGGCUCAAAGAGAGAGGCGAAUACGUCAAGUGCGUCAUAAAAGCGGACAAAGACGACCCGUUCCAGGUCCCGGCGCUUCCCCCCAAGAACGGGGAGAUGGCUUCGUUCCUGCAAAGGCAUUCCAAUGCCAAUUCUGGUACAACUCCACCGGCGGACGAUUUUGAGUUUCACACUACUCCAGAUGCACCAGAGGCUGAGACUGCUACUGAACUGAACCCCGAUGGUGCCGGCGCCCAGUCGAGAAGAAGAAGAAAGAACGAGGCGGGCUUUUUGUCUCCCGAUAUACCUGAAAUGGUGGACGACGACGUGGCGAACGCGGGAGUGACGGAGGAGGGCGCGGUCGACGUAAACGUCGCUGGAUCAACACCUAGUGCCUCAGCAGCUGAGCAGCAGAUGAGAAAUAAUAGGAUCACCUCCUCCACCUCCAGUGUCCUCGCUGCCGGAUUCCGGUCUCGCGCAACCGCAGCGCAGGCAAAGGUCGGUAGGGAGUCCCUCCUGCAGCUGCCGGACGAUGAAGAGGACCCGGAAUUUGACGGGUCGCUGAACUCCUCCGAACCGCCGCCGGGCUGCGUCGCGUGGUGGCUGAACGUGGACCCGAAGCCGGUGGCGCUGCAGCUGCUCGCGCAGUCCCGGUUUUGCCAGGAGGACCCGGACAACGUGGUGAUUCCUGUCGACCACCGCGUGGUGGUUUCGCGGUUCGAGCUCGACCUGUACAUGCUGCGGCAGAAGUACCGCCGCUUUUUUCUGGGUGCCACCGAGGACAACUCUGCCCGCGUGAGCCGCCCCACGUGGGACUCUCUUUUCUCCCUGCGGCUGGUCUGGAAGUGGCUGCACCUGGUCACCUUCGCCGUACUGGCACUCCGCUUCCUCGUGCGCCUGCUCACCGCCUACCACGUAGACCCGGAGGUGUACCCCAAGGGCGCCUGCAGCUACUUUCUGAAGCACUGGACCGCGUGGCUGGAGCUGCUGUUGGUCCUCCCGGGGGUGUUUUUCACGUACUUGGCGCUGCACCGGACCGCCGAGGACUUCUACGGGAGCCACCUCAUCUACGGCACCAAGGAGAUCAUGCCGGGGUACUUUCUCUUUCUCGCGUUCGACGUGGCCGACUGCUAUCUCGUGCUGCGUCGCCACAGCGCGAAGCUCCUGCUGCGCGUGUACGUCAUCAUUGCCCGGCCCUACGCGUACGCGCUGCUGCUGAUGCUUGGCGCGUGGGUCACCAUCGGGGGCGGGUAUUGGCUGACCCCGGUGAACCGGGAGAUGCUCCCGGGCAUCGGCAACGACCAGGAAAACGGGUCGGGGCUCCAGCCCUCCAAGGAGGCGGCCAACCUCCGGGAGACCGCGUUCUCGUCCAUCGGGGACGCCAUGUACCACGUCUUCGUCAACUUCAACGGGGAAUUCCCGCUCGGCACCGACCACCUGACCUUCUGGAGUCGGUUCUGGGCCCUGAUGAGCGUGUUCGUCGGCGUUUUAAUUCUCACGAUUCCCGUCGGCAUCUUCAGCAAGGCGCUGCAAGAAACGCUCGAGGAGACGCAAGCAGAUCAACUGCGACAAAGCCUGGAGGACGAAGAGCAAUCCGCCCGGGCAGCUGCUAACCGGGAAAGCAAAAGUACAACCAGAAGCAGCAAGGUGGAGCCAACGGAUCGUGCAAGCUCGAGCGCGCGGGGCAGUAUUAAGUCAUCUUCUUCACGACCACGCGAAAGGGAGAGUUUCCUCAAGUACGAUUUGGAAAAUGAUGAAGCUGAACUGUUGUCCGAUGUCGAUUUGGAGUCCCAAGCUGGCGUGGAUCCCAGCAAUAAACCGGCGACCGGUAGCAAGCGUGGGAUGUUUAAGCGCAUGGAAACCGAGACGAUUCUGGACCAGCAGGAGCGGCUUGACGAACUGGACAAGCAGCGGGAGCACGUUGGCCUCUCGGAUCCGCUGGAAGACGAUUUUAUCGACGGAAUCGAGUUUCGCCCUGGUUUCUGGAAGCUGCUGGUACAAUUGCCGAUUCUGCAUGGUUUUUUAUUGAGUUUUUAUUUCCGUGGAGAUUCUUGAUACAUAGCAUGUCUUUUGAAAAUCUUUUGCAGUGUUGAUGAGCCUUCGACGCGUACUGCUGUUGCGUUCGUGGUUUCCGCUAAAGUCGAACUUUACGUACUUGAUUAUUACCUACGGGUCCAGCUCGAGCUGUUCGUCCCGUUUUUUUACUUCUCAUGCCCGGCGCCGCGAGCGCUCCUACGGACACAGUGGAAGCAUAUUGAUAAUUGGCUUCCGAAGGAACGUCGGGAAUGUAAGUCAGUAUCAAUCUCUGUGACAACAUUCAUUACUUGUCUCACAACGAACUAAACAGGGGAGCCUACUGAUUCGGCGCAGUUGUUUGUACGCAAGCGCCUCGGUGGGAAUGUGCUCCAUCCUGGUCUACAUUGUGUUUGACUACUACCAGGGUUACGCCCUCUUCGUGUACGACCAGGACACCUCGGUGGCGUUCCAGCCGUGCAGCUACUGGGACUGGAAUUACUUGUGCGGGCGCAUCGACCGGAGCCAGCGGUACUCCACGUUCAGCGUGACGGCGACCUCCAGUGCGACGACGCCGCUAGAUUUGACCGGCGCGCCCGGGCGAGAGGAAGCAGACGAGAGCCCCAACUACCUGCACGGCGACUACUACGUUGCGUUUAACACCCUGCUGGUUCUAGAAACGGUGUGCAUGCUCUUUUUUCUCCUCGAGUACCUCGUCCGCCUGGUGGACAACAACUGGCACGAGCGGUGGAUCAGUCACAAGGUGCAGCGCCGGAUCGGAGCAAAAAAAAUCCGGUACGAGAUUGACACCAGUCGUCCCUACCCCUUCACCGUUUGGUAUGAGAGUGUCAGGAUCGAAAUCGACAAAAUCGACCAAUUUGUAAUGCAUAAAACGUAGGGCACGUAAGGCCUGUGUUAGGGAGCAGGCAAAUGAGGCCGAUUGCAAGCCUGUUUAGGGGUAUGGAAUGUGCUGCCAGAGUAGCAUGAGAGGAGCCGUCUUCUUUGCCCAAACAGCAUGACAGACUGGAUUUUGGUGCUCCCGAAAUUUGUCAUGGGCCACUUGGAAACUGCGGCCCCACCUGGUAUCGAUUUUAUGCAUCACAAAGUAUUUCGAUUUUGUCGAUUUCGAUCCUGACAGUUCCAUAUCUGGGGAAUCGUGGACCUUAUUGCCUGGCUGCCCUCCUGCGUCAUGCUCAUCAUCUUCGCCUACCAGUCCACUCUCGACAACAAGUGCGACACCGACGGCCACAAGUACGGCUGCAUAGAUCUCACGCAAGACUGGUACGAAUUAUGCAGUGAUUACUUUAUUUUGAUUGAAUACAACGACUACGUAGUUUUCCACCUGUGUAACAUGAACAAGAACUCAGUUGACGUUAAUAUUACUGUUGGGCACUGUGUUCAAGAUACAGAUAGAUGAUCGCGCAUUCCCAGAUGCACUAUUGAUUGAUAUGCCCCCCAUGCUCGGUCGCAGGUUUAUCCGAAAUCUUGCAUGCAAAUCCCUCGUUUCCACACUAGGAUGAGAUCGCCCCCAUUGAUUCACACUAGGAGAUGAUCGCCCCCAUUGAUUCCAAGCGACGGAUCAGCCCCUGACAAAUUACCCCAGUGCUCUUCGGAGCCCGGUCCUUCGGGACAUAUCGGCUACAGCGUGGUAGUUGAUAGGUGAAAUGUCGGGCCCUCACACGGAUUCGCGCUCUUAACAUGAGAGAUUUCGCAAGUUUUCGCUCGUGUUAUAGCAUAAGGCCGUGCAGUGUAUAUUGAUUGAUUGAUUGAUCACUGGGAGGUUGUUAUUUACUGUUCCGGGGGAAUUUCUUUAUCUUUUUUCCAUAUACAAUACAGGAUCUGGAACGUGUAUUGGUUCGUGUGUUUCCGGGCCCUGAAAAUGGAGCGGUUGCUGCAUGGGUUUUCCAGUAUCCGCAAAAUCCUGGGGCAAGCGCUGGGACUGUACGAGUUUUUUCUGGUGGUGAUCUUCAGCCUGAUGCUCACUCUGAGCGUCGUUCUCCACAUCACGGAAGUGAAUAACCCGGACAACGAAAUGCGGCGACAAGUCUGGUCGUUUCCUCGAUCGCUGUGGGCGGUGGUCCUGACGGUAAACGGCGAGUCGCCGUGGUCCGACUACACGUACAAGGGUCGCGUGGUUCAUGUGUACAUGAUGCUCCUGGCCGUCCCGUUUUUUGCCGUUCCCUGCGGGUUGUUCGCCAACGCAUACCACAAAUACCUGGGCCAGAUCCAGAACCCGCCGCCGCCCAAGCCGGAGGGUGGAGACCACGCGGGCAACUCGGAGGACGGCGACAGCGACAGCGACGACUUCCUUGACCACGUGGGCGCCGGCGCGCCCAGCAAGAACAACGACUCGUCGCCAGACGGGGGCAACAAGCAUAUCGACGACCCUCUGGACUAUGAGGAUUUCCUCGCCGACGACGAAACGAAGAAGUCCGGCAAGCAGCUGAGCCGCGCACCGCAGACCGGGCUGUCGUCUGUGCGGCGCGCGUUCUCGAGUCUGUCGAAGCGCACGCAGACGCAAACCAGUUUCUCCGCGUCAUCGGAGCUGGACUCGGAUCACCGGCGCGGGGGGGAGAACAAGCGCGACCGUGCCGCGUUCAUGCGCGGUAAGACAUUCGAAUCGGUGAAAGAGGAGCCGAUCUCGCGAACCGCAACCUCGGCCAGCAGCAAUGUUGACGCGGAGCGGCACGAAAAGAAGGAGCUCUACAGCCGGCGCUCCGCCGGGCACGCCACGCCGCCGGCCUCUACCUUGGAGCCGGACGGGUGGGUGCACGCGCAAGAUGAAAAUGGCGAGGAGGGGAGUCCUCUGCUACUGGACGAACAACUCGAGCCUGGUGGUCCAGUGGCCACGACUCUGCGCAACCGGAAGAGCGUAACAGAACAACCCGUGAAGGGAAUCAUAAGAGCGGACGGAACAAAGUCGAAAAUGUUUGUGCGAAAGAAAACUGCGCAGCUGGCCAUGAGUGUUGCCUCCGAGGAUCUGUACGUGCCGGCGCCCCUGUCCCGGUCCUCGCAGGGCAGCGCGUUUGCUGCGGAGGUGACCGUGGAAGACCUGUGUCAGGACUGGAAGGGCUGCUUUCCAAGUGAUAGCGCCACGGUGGUGGAACAAAGACACAACGACGACGAAAUCAAGACCGGCGCAACUUCUACGACAACCGGAGCGCCGCCCUCCUCCUCCUCCCCCCUGGCGAUGGGGCUGCGACGCCGCAUGCUCGAAGAGGAGCAGCGGCGCGAGCGCAUUUACCCGGCCGCAAGCGAAGAGUGGGCGGGGGUGCAUCGUGUCAUUUGGUCACCAGAUCACGUGUUGUUGGCCAGUCCGGCGGAGCGGUUUUGGGCGAAGCUGCGCAAAACCCUCACGAUGCUGCUGUUACCUCUGUUGUUCUUCAACACCGUGUACUACUCCACGCACCACUUUUGCGCGCUGCACAAUUUCCAGCAGCUCGAGGACUGGCGAGCGUACCUCGAAGACCGGCUGCGGCGGCUGGGCAUGCGGUCCGCCGCGGGCGAACGUAUCGACAAAACCGAGCACGGUACCACCCUCAUGGUCCUGAGCUACCACAACAACUUGCGAAUGAAGAUCACGCUCACCCCCCAACCGGACGCGCAGGAGUGGACUGUGACUCAAGAGACUGAGCAGGCGCUGUACUACCCCGACGCGGCCUUCGCGCAGCCGGAACUCGAUCCGGAUACGGGCGGCGUGGUCCCCCCACCGCCCCGGCUGUUUCGCGCCUUCCCUGCGUCCUACGAGACGCAGUACCGGCCGCCCGAUCACAGCUUCCUGCAGCGCUAUCUCGUGCGGUACUUCGUCAGCAAGCGGCAGCUGCUGGUGGCCUGCAGCGCGGACGACAGUGGGGACGACAACGACUCCGACGACCCCGAGACGGGGCCGGCGGACACCGACCACACCCACCUGACGGUGCCGGUUUGGGUUUCCUUCCUGUCCGCGGACCAGGUGGAGCGGAAGCGGGCCGCGGACUUCCCGCAGAGUCCGCAAGAUUUUCUGGACUGGAUCGAGCAGGAGGCCGAGAAGCUUUGCAAGCAGAUCUCCCAGGAGUACAACGCGGACGACGUGACGCGGUCGGACGCCACCAACGCGGACAGCCUGGCGGCCGAGAGCUUCGACGCAGUGCGAAACGACGCCGCCCGCGAGUGGCCCGACCGCCAGAAGUUCUACGGCGGGCGGCUGGUGAGCCGGGAGCAGGCGCUGCACGAGAUGGACGCCUACAUUGCGGGGUACGAGGCCUUUCUCGGCAUUGGUGGCUCGUCCGACACCGCCGCGCCGGGCUACCAGCUGCCGGCGCCGGGUGUGCUGGAGCGGCUCCGAGUGGGGCUUUUCGGGCAGGACUACGAGCACUUGCCGAACUGGUUGUACGCGGUCGACUUGCUGAUAUUCGGGGUUUUUCUCAUCGACUACAUGUUGAUCCUUCUGUCGUCCGCGAAGAAAACCUGGUAUCUCAGCGGGGUCGCCGGGAUCUGCCACCUCUCCGGGCUGGUCGGCCUCGCCAUGACUCUGGUCAUCCGCUUCGUUGCGGAACACGACGAGUUUUUCAACGUGUACGCAGACUUGAUCUACUCGGCACCCGGCACCGCCGCACGGUACGCGAUGCUGACCGCGCUGUCGCUCCGCAUGUGCAUGGUCGGCUACCUCGACAAUUUGUAUCCCAGCAUCCGUAUGGUCUACGACAGUGUCGUCAGGUACGCCAGAUGAUCGAGUUCAUAAAGUUUCGUCAAUUUUUUGAAUUUGUGAUGUAAGGUUAUUGGCUCCAAUGUCAAAUUCCAAUUUUUUUUACUUACUUGAAAGGGAAUAAAUUCAGUAGAUGCAGCAGAGAAAAGAGAGGCAAGUACGCGAAUAAUCAUCGAGUUGUCUUCAAUAUGGUUGUUUCUAUGUUGUUGUCACACGGAACAAGAAACUAGGAAGAGAUCAUGCGCUUUUUGGAACAUUCUGAAAUUGUAAGAGCCCCGCCGUAAGUGAGGAACUGCUUUCGUAAAGAGCUGCAAAACAUCGGCGAGAAAUAAAAAACAGGUAUAAGCGCGAAAUGAUGCAGGCAAGCUACAUCGUGCUGAUUGUGUGGCUGUUUGCGAGUGCCUUGUUUCACCUGUCGGAGCGGGACAACUUUGGGACGCAGAAGGACCCGGGAAAAAUGUCAACGUGGCGCACCAUCGAGGGCCUAGACAGCGAGGGGCACUGGCGCACGCUGCUGCGCCCCGUGAACUACUCCCGGUUUUACACCAUUUUAAACUCCUUUCAAUACAUCAUGAUCCAUCUAACCGGCGACUACCCCAUCACAGAAUACACAAACGUUGGCCGUAUCCUGCAUUUCAUUCUCAUGGCUGCGGCGGCGGGUUUUUUGGCGGUUCCGACGGGUCUCUUCGUUGCGGUCUACGCACAGCAACUCAAACUCACGCGGGCCGCAACCAUGCAUCUGGCGCGGCGAUUUGCGGCCGUUCGUGUGCAGAGGCAUUUCCGGGGCGUUUUGGCGCGAAUAAGGUUUCGCAAACUUAUCCAAGCUGCGCGGGAAAACAAGGACCUGGUGCAGUCCGCACAGCCGACAUGUUUUGAGAAGUACGCUACAAGAUUUUCAGUUCUUCCUCUGGUUUGAUUUCAAUUUGGUAGUCCAGCACCUUUGGGCGGUUUGUUGUACCAACUUUCGUGCUGUCACUGCUUGAAAAUAUACUUGAUGCAUACAAUGGCACUCCUCAUGAAGUUGAAGUCCGACUUCUGCUCCGAUCAUUAGUAUGAAAAACGAAACCAGGUUUUCCGAUUGGUGUCUGUCACUGGUGUCGACUCGGCCUUGGCAGGUAACACGUUUCGGAUAUUAUUUCCAAUGGUUCAUGAUUGUGAUCCAUGGAACCGCGGCCCUGCUUGGAAUUGUCCUGUCGACGCGGAUCCUUCAGUGGGUCGACCCCGAUGAUCACGGCUCGUUCCGGCAGACGGCUCAGGGGUAUGCAAGAGAAAAACUGUGUAAGUGUAAGUCUGUGAUGCAAAGCAUGCAACAUUGUUACACUUGUCAUGCUAGGCAACCAUGAAGUCCUAUUUCAUUUCUGUUUUCACUUACUUACUAGCAGCUGCGCAUGACAGGCUUUGUCUGUCAUGCAGAACAGAUUUGUCAUGCCGUCACCCUAAGACACUGACACCUACACUAACACAGUUUUUUUGUUGGAUAAGAGUUUGUGGGGGUUGAGUCUCGUGUGCCAAUGCUUUUUCCUCGUUGAGUACCUCCUCCGACUCGUCGCGGCGCGCUCCAUGCCCCAGCUGAAUUUCUCGCCCUGGCGAAUGUUCAAAAAAGUGGCCAGCCUGCUGGAUCUCGGCCUGAUCGUCACGUGGGUUGCUUGCAACCUCGCGGUGUACGCAGCUGUCCGCAACUACGACAGCAACACCACCCUCGCGGGGCCGCCGUUCAUGAAGCCCACGAAAAACGUGGUGGGACCGAGUCGCGGUGAGCCCUCCGUGCCCGUCGAGGACUGGAUGGAGGCUGUCAUAUGGGUACUAUACAAUGCGUAGUUUAUUAGUACUUCUACUAGGCAGUGACCUGCUGUUCAUCAACAUCUUCGCUGAAAAUGGUUGUCCUUUAGAACUUUUCUCAGGCAGGAUGUAAUUAUACUUUUGCGACCGCAUGGAUCGAUUGUCCUUUGUGGGAUUUGAAUAUACAACAAUUCUGUCUUUGAGUUGUUUCAAAAAUACACAACAGGAUCGAGUUCCUAACUUUCUACUUGCGCUUCACAUUUGGCGACUUUUGCACGCGUUAUUUUUCGCGGACUGGUCACUGCACGUGAGCGGGCAUCUCGCAACCCAGCAAUUGAUGGCGAACGCGGGCAUUUUGGCUUUGUUUGUGUUUCUGAUUGGGGGUACGCUGUGGUGGUUGUGCGAGCGGCAGUUCCAGAAUGAGUUUGACAGCCUGUGGAGCGGGAUCUAUGGCGGGAGCAUCUUCCUGUUGUCCGAGUGGUUCGUGUGUGACUUCCAGGUACCGGGCAAGAUUUUGUGCAUUUUUUACUGCGUCGCAGGCGUGGGCAUGUUCGGGAUUGCCACCGGCGCCAUUUACGACGGCCUGGGCGAGGGACUAAACCACUUCGUCAAGUACCGUCAACACGUCACGUGGAGUAUGCUCAAGGAGGACUUCCACGACCGAGAGAUGGAAGCCCGGCAGCAGGCGCGAGAGAUCCUGGACGACUACUACCAAAUCGCCCCGCCGGGCGAGCGGGUGCGGGUGACGCACUUGCUCCUGCCGGGCGGCCGCCGCUCUGUCCCAUCCGGGCGGUAUAAUAAUUCCAGGAGUAGUGAAUGACAAUGAUCCACGACGAGUGCUCAGUUUUCUCUCCCAGUACGACUGCGAAGGAGAGCGCAACGAAGCACGGUUGAGUUGCGUCAUGAAUUUAGUUAAGUACAUCCCAAAUACAUCGAGCCCCAUAGUAGAUUCUCGGCUUACUGACACCUGACACAUAAGGAAGCUUCUUGGAGAAUCUAUUCUUACAUGACCGCGAGGACCCAAAUUGGCAGGUCCAAAAAAUUAGAAACAGCUAGGCACGACAGCCGUUUUGCUUCCUUACGUAUGAAUAUAUCAAUUCGCAUCCACCAUAAUUCGCAUACAGACACGACAAGGAUAUUUCGAGAAGCAUGUUGCUACGAUUUGUCAUUCAGUACCAAUACUUUUUCUAGCGAUGAGUGGGACUGUAGAUGGCUCACGGCAGCUCUACCCCAAUAGGACGAAAGAAAUCAUAAAGUCCCCAAUUAAGUAAAAUGAUACCAAGUACUUAAUUUAGGCAACGCCAACGGGCAACAAAAAUAUAUGCGACAGUUUGAGAGCCUCAAAUGAUUUGCCACAGGCGGUCGUAGGCUCAACAUAAAUCAACCCGUCGAUCAACCAAUGUGGUUCAAUUAGCGUAAAAGUGACACUAACACUAGAGAAUAUAGCAAACGUCUGCGGCAAAGGACGUGUCUGUGCUAUACAACGAGCAUUCGACAUGUAGACGAGCUGCGAAACGCACAUCUCCAAUGCGAUUCUAUUGUUUUUGGAACCCCAGGAAAAGAAUACAGGUUGAAAUACACUGUUCAGCGACCGUUCAUGUUGCGGUGCUAGAUUGAUACACCAGCGAGUGGCGACAUUACUUAAGAAGGUCAGCACAGAAGAUAUUUUCUGGAGGAAAGUACAACAGGGGGAACUAGAUGGUCCCACCGCAGGAGGACAGGAACGACGGAAGUCGGUGCGUGUUCCUGAAAAAAU